CUGUAAUGGAGACGCAGCGCGCGCAGCGACAAAAUAAUUUUCAAAAGACGGGUCGCGAAUUUGUCCCAAUUCACUUUCUCCAACACCAUCGGCUAUCUGCCACCUCAUUUCCUUUCGUUUUCACUUUCGACUUCCAUUGUCUGGGACAUUCAGCACACGGCGACAUUUGCUACGGCAUAGUGUAUUCUAUAACCUCGUCGGAAACCCCACUACGACAAGCGGCAACUGCAAAAUUUCAUCGAUAUAAAGCCUCGGUCGAUAGCGAUCUCUACCCCGAAUCUACCGCCAGAGCACCUCUCGUCGCCCACCACAGUCUCAUUCGACAGCCUCUGGCUUCCGUUUCGCUCUAGGUUCUUCACAGCGACCAUUGCAACGCGUCUUCAGUACAAGCACUCGAUAACCUCGACUCGACAUCACCUCCAUCCAUCAAACAAAUCCAGAGAGUCCGCCAUGAGCCGGUAGCGACAUUGUAUGAUCACCAGAACAGGGCACCCGACUGCUCUCUUCCAGUAGCCACCUACUCUACCUGCUACGCAUGCCCUGUUGAUGGCAUAGCUAGUCUCGACAACUGAAAUACGAUUCAUAUCACAAUGGGUGCCGAGCAGAGAGCUCCUAUCAAGGAGCAGCUGGCCGACCAGCUCCCUAAGCGCUUCAGAGCCCUGCAGUUCGGAGUCCAGUCACACCAAGAUAUAGUAAAUCAGGGUGUCCUCGAAGUCUCCGACAACCUCCUUUACGAUGUCGAAAACGGCCGCCGCACUUUCCCCCACGGCCCCCUCGAUCCCCGUCUCGGUACUUCGAGCAAGACGGGCACCUGCGAGACUUGCAACCUCCCUCUCCAGUCCUGCGCCGGUCACUUCGGUCACGUCCGCCUCCCACUUCCCGUCUUCCACAUCGGCUAUCUCAAGUACAUUCAGGCCACGCUCCAAAACAUUUGCAAGACCUGCUCAAAGGUCCUGCUCGAGGAGGAACCCAAGGCCAAGUUCCUCAAGGCUCUCCGUGCCCCUGGUAUCGAUAACCUCAAGCGAUCGGCCAUCCUCAAGAAGAUCAACGAUGAAUGCCGCAAGCAAAAGACGUGCCCCUACUGCGGCGACACCCAGGGUGUUAUUCGCAAGUUGAGCGUCAUGAAGCUUACCCACGACAAGUUCUCGCACUUCAACAAGUCGACUGCCCAGAAAAAGGUUCCGCCCGUUGCCAAGGCCGCCUUCGAUUCCUCCUUCAUCCAGGCAAAAACAUUCACUCCGGACCUCGAGAAGCACUCCAAGAAAGCUAUGGACGACAUGGAUCCUCUCAAGGUCCUAAAAUUGUUCAAGAAGAUUACCGCCGAGGACUGCGAGUUGCUCGGAUUGAACCCUUCCGAGGGCAGACCAGAGAUGUUCUUGUGGCAAUAUCUUCCCGCUCCCCCAAUCUGUAUUCGUCCGUCGGUCCAGCAAGAAGCCGCCAGUAACGAGGAUGACAUUACUAGUAAACUCUCCGAAAUCAUUCUCUACGCCGGCCAUUUGCGCGAAUCCCUCCUCAAAGGUGCUGCCCUCAACACCAUCAUGGAACAGUGGGAGUUCAUCCAGCUCCAGGUUGGUAUGUACGUCAACAGUGAUGUUCCCGGUCUCUACCAGCCCGGCUUUGGCAAGCCCAUCCGCGGCUUCUGCCAGCGUCUGAAGGGUAAGCAGGGUCGUUUCCGUGGUAAUCUGUCGGGUAAGCGUGUCGACUUCUCCGGCCGCACAGUCAUUUCGCCUGAUCCCAACUUGGGAAUCGACCAGGUUGCCGUGCCCGAGCGCGUGGCCAAGAACCUGACCUAUCCCGAGCGGGUGAACCGCAACAACAUUGAAAAGUUGCGAAAAUGCGUCAUGAAUGGACCCAAAGUAUGGCCCGGUGCUCAGGGCGUCAUCAAAAGGGACGGCGGCAUGAAGUUCAACCUUAACUUUGGAGAUGAGUCCAUCCGGGAGGAACGCGCGCGGGAACUCAAGUUUGGUGACGUUGUUGAAAGACAUCUGGAAGACGGCGACAUUGUACUCUUCAACCGUCAGCCCUCGCUACACAAGUUGUCUAUCAUGAGUCAUCGUGCAAAGGUUAGACCCUGGAGGACGUUCCGUCUCAACGAAUGCGUGUGCACUCCCUAUAACGCCGAUUUCGAUGGAGACGAAAUGAACCUUCAUCUUCCGCAAACAGAAGAGGCUCGCGCCGAAGCCAUCAACCUCAUGGGUGUCCAAAACAACUUGAUCACCCCCAAGAACGGUGAACCUAUUAUCGCCGCCACGCAGGAUUUCAUUACUGCGGCAUACCUCCUGAGUAGCAAAGAUUUGUUCCUCGACCGCAAGACCUUUACCUACAUCUGCACGCAGAUGCUGUUGGGCGAAACCCAUCUCGACCUUCCCCCGCCUACCAUCAUCAAACCCGUCGAGUUGUGGACGGGCAAGCAGAUUUUCAACGUUUUGAUGCGUCCCAACAAGCAAUCACCGGUCCUCGUCAACCUCGAGGCCAAGAACAAGGUCUACAAGGCGAAGCCAGGCGAGCUUCCGGAUAUGGACAUUGAUGAUUGCUACUUGGUCGUCCGCAACUCCGAGGUCAUGUGCGGAAGAAUGGACAAGUCCACCGUUGGUGGUGGCAAGAAGAACUCGGUCUUUUAUGUUAUCCUUCGUGAUUGGGGUCCGGAGCACGCUGCUCAGGCCAUGAACCGUCUGGCCAAGUUGUGUGCUCGCACACUAACCCUCCGCGGGUUUUCGAUUGGUGUUGGCGAUGUCUAUCCAUCCAAGGAUUUGACGGAGCACAAGGCUAAGCUGGUUCAGGAUGCGUAUGCACUCUGCGACGACCUCAUCGCACAGUUCAAGUCUGGAAGGCUUGAAAAGGCUCCCGGUUGUAACAUGGAGGAGACGCUUGAGAACAAGAUCUCUGGUAUUCUCAGUAAAGUCCGUUCGCAGGCCGGUGACUACUGUGUCGGCCAUUUGAGUCGCAACAACUCUCCCUUGAUCAUGGCCAAAUCCGGUUCCAAGGGUUCCGACAUCAACGUCGCUCAGAUGGUUGCCCUUGUCGGACAGCAGAUUAUUGGUGGCAAGCGUGUUGCGGAUGGAUUCCAGGAUCGUACCCUCUUCCACUUCCACAAGAACGCUCGCCAGCCCCCCAGCAAGGGUUUCGUGCGCAACAGUUUCUACACUGGUCUGGUGCCCACUGAGUUCCUUUUCCACGCCAUCUCUGGCAGAGAAGGUUUGGUCGAUACCGCCGUCAAGACAGCCGAGACAGGUUACAUGUCUCGUCGUCUCAUGAAGUCGUUGGAAGAUCUCUCAACUCAGUACGACGAUACCGUGCGGACAUCGGAAGGAAAUAUUGUGCAGUUCCAGUACGGUGCCGACAGACUGGAUCCAGCAGACAUGGAGGGUAACGCCAAGCCUGUUGAUUUCGAGAGAUCAUGGAAUCAUGCCGAAAGCUUGACAAUGAACCACAAUGACAGGUCGCUGCUUCCGGCAGAAAUCUCGGCCAUGUGCAAGGAGAUUCUGGACGAAAGGCGGAAAUGGUACGUGCGCAAGCACCUUGUCACGGGCGAGUUGCUGCACUACGAGGACAAGACGAUUGCGGAAAGUGACGAUCACGAUGUGUUCAUUGCCAUCGAUGAGCAUGAGGGUGCCAGAGUCUAUCUCAACACCAUUCAGGCUGAGAUGGACAAGCGCGCACUCAAGCUGGCAAAAGCACGCAAACUCGCUGGCUUGGAUCCUUGUCUGCCCCAGGACAACGCGGACCUGCUGAAGGAAUUUGCUGCAUGGGAGAAGAAGCAAAACGGCGGCGAUAUCAAGAUGUUGGAUCCGGAAGAAGAAGAAAUCCAGCAAGCCCACGUUGAUCGUGUCGCCAAGGUUUCGGAGGCUACCCUGAGAAAGUUCAUGAACCUCUGUCUUUCCAAGUUCGAUAAGGCAAAGGUGGAGCCUGGCCACGCCGUCGGCGCCGUUGGUGCGCAAUCUAUCGGUGAACCCGGUACGCAGAUGACACUCAAGACUUUCCAUUUCGCCGGUGUCGCUGGUAUGAGUAUCACUCAGGGUGUUCCCCGUAUCAAGGAAAUCAUUGGCGCCUCGAAACUCAUCAGCACGCCAGUCAUCAGCUGCGAGCUCGAGAACAACCGAGACAUCAAGGCCGCGCGCAUCGUCAAGGGCAAGAUUGAAAAGACUUAUAUCUCGGAUGUCAUCACUUAUGUUGAGGAUGUCUGGCUUCCGGAUGUUGCCAAGAUUGUCCUCAAGAUCGAUAUGCAGGCUCUUUCGGACAUGCAGCUCGGUAUCGGUCUUCGCGAGAUCAUGGUGGCCAUCGUCAAAGCUAAGAAGCUCAAGCUAAAGGUGGAGAUGGACGAUCUCAAGAUCGGUCCCGAUAAUACUAUUGAGGUCAUCGUGAGCAACGACUGGAAGGAUCUGACCGCACAAAAGAAGGCGGCGCGAGUUCGCGCCGCAGCGAUUGAGAAGGGCCAAUUGCUUCUCACCACCUCGGACGAGACCGCCGCCGACUUCCAACUGCGCGUCAACUUCCUCAAGCGCAUGCUCCCUGCUGUGCCCAUCUCCGGCUACCCCGAGGCUUUCCGUGCCAUCAUCCAAUCCAGCGAGUCCAAUGAGCACAAGGUCCUCGUUGAAGGUUACGGCCUGCGCGCCUGCAUGACCACGGAGGGCGUCAUCGGCACCAAGUGUAUCUCCAACUCCAUCAUGGAGUGCCGCGACGUUUUGGGCAUCGAAGCCGCCCGCACCACCAUCGCCAAGGAAAUCGGCAGCGUCAUGGGCGACAUGGGCAUCGAUCCCCGUCACAUGGAUUUGCUGGCCGACGUCAUGACUUACAAGGGCGAGAUUCUCGGUAUCACGCGCCAUGGUCUCGCCAAGAUGCGCGACAGCGUUCUGCAGCUUGCCUCAUUCGAGCGCACGCCCGAUCACUUGUUCGAUGCGGCCGCGGGCAUGAAGACCGACCGCAUUCUCGGUGUGUCGGAGUGUAUCAUCAUGGGCCAGACCAUGAAGAUCGGUACGGGAGCAUUCCAGGUCGUCAGACGGUUGGGUAUCCGGGAUCAUCAGGUUAGACCCAAAAAGUCCAUGUUCGAGGAGGUGUGGAAGAAGGAUGAGGCAGAAAAGAGGAGGGCAAAGAUGGAGAUGAGGAAGGCCACUGCGGCUGCGGCUGCGUCUACCGGGCGUGGGGGAAAGACUGAUGGUAUGAUGCCGGCAGCGCCCAUGGUGGCUGUUGCCUAAGCAGUGAGUGUCAUUUUUAGUUUUUCUUUUUUGCAUGGUAACGGUGUCGAACGGAAAGCUUUGCACAAUAAAAUAUCUCAGGGGAUAUCAAUGUACGAUGUGGGGAUCUUGGGAGCCGUCAGGAAAAAAACUGGCUUCAUCAAACUGUCUUGAUAUCUCUUGAUGGGGAUGACAGAAUGCGAGAUCAUGUGUCGAGAAGGACGGGAUAAGAGUUGAUACCCUGGGGUUUUGAGCGCGCGCGCGUGUGUGUGUAUGUUUAAUCAUAGAGGGUCAAAGCUGCGCGUGGAAAGGGAGGGCGGUGUUUUGGAGAAAAUGAUCUUUGGCGGUUAUAUAUGUUUAUUAGCACCUUCAUGUAGGAAGAAGAAUGCCCUUUUUGUUGAAUA